AUGAAGCGACAGCAGUCUAUGCUGUCAUUUUUAUCCAGAGAAAGCAAGAAAACACGCGACGAAGCAGGUAAUAGUACCAUAUAAGAACUUACCAUAAGAAGCUUUUUCUGUAAACCUUUCGAAGUUUCUGCAUGAUUAGUUUUCAGUUACAGUUUCCUGGAAAGUGCGACUUCCACGAAUGGAAUUACUUGUUGACCAUAGCGACAAAGGCUGCCUUUAUUCCGAAAAUUCUUCGUCUUGAAGUGUUCAAAAUACUUUACCGUCAAUUGGCUAACAGGAUGCUCAAAAAUAGCAGCCUUCAUGGACUCAAAAGUUUAGAUUAAAAGUAAAAUAUUUUAGACUGUAAACUGUGAAGACACAUUUGCAGCGAUCGGAAGCGGAGAGACCGCUGACUUUAAAACGAUUCUUCAUGUAGGCCACCCCAAAGUUAUCGUCGGAAAAACCCGCUUUUCUUUACAUGGGCUGCGCACUAUGGAAAGAGAACAUUUAAGACAGAAUAAAAGUACUGGAAGCAAAUGUUUUUAAUGUUUUCGCAAGAGUCAAUCUAUAAAUUUAAAGGGAAAAGGUAUACAUUGGGCUAGAAGCCCUUUCAUAUGUGAUGUAUCUUUUAGAAAACAACACAGUCCAUGAUGACCAUCAAGGUGUACAAAUUGAAGUUGAAGUAGAACCAUCAGCAAUACCCGCCCCAGUAGUUACAACCCCGCUGAUUGAUGAGCCAAUACCAGGUACAGUGGCACCUUCAGCAGUACUGUCCUCAGAUGCACCUUUGUUAAUUGAUAAACCAAUGCCCUUGGGACCAAGAUCAAUAGAUGCCAGUUCAAAAAUCUGUACUAUUCCUGAACAGCAGCACCUGCGAAUCCUGGACGAAGCUUUUGGGAGUGACCUUCACCAUGGAUUACACAAUCAUGUCCUUUGUGCCAAAAACGGUUGCAAGUCACUGUCCUCUAGUGAAAAAAGCAGGCAGUUACCAUUGAAGCCUCAUGUCUUCAAACACGAAUGGGUUGAUGAUGAUGCUGCAUUUUGUCGUAAAAGUGGUGUAUGGUGGUUGGCCUUGGAAGAGGGCAAGGGUAUGUUCUGUUGUCUCUGUAAAAAGCAUAACAAAACAGGGAAAGAUGUGAAAUAUGCUUCUGCACCCGGUACACGAUACAGAAAGGUCGCAGUGUUAGAGCAUGGCAACUCAGAAGAGCACAAGCAAUCAGUAGGAAAAGAACUUCUUCAGCGGGCAUCAUGGUUACAGAAGGAGAUAGAUAAGACAGCUGAAGUUGCUGAUGAGGUUUUGGUGCAAGCAUUUGCAGCAUUUUAUUUCACUGCCAAACAAGAAAUUUCCAACAUGAAGGUCUUGCCACUUAUUGAAUUUUUAACUCAGUAUGGGUUACAGGACAUGAAGUACUUUACCCAUAGGUCUGAGAGGUGUAGGCAAGAGAUCUUUCUGGCAAUUGGCCAAGCACUUGAAAGUCAAGUAGUGAAAGCCGCUGCAAAUGGUCGUUAUUUUUCUCUUCUUUCCGAUGAAGUAAGUGACAUUGCCAUAACAGAACAAUUGGUCACUUUUGUCCAAUACGUAUCCGAUGCUCAAGUUCAAACAAAGUUUCUCUCUGUUCAAAAUCUUCUUGAACACCACAGUAGUGCAAACUCUGAUGCCAUUGUGGACACGCUAACCCAAGAGAUUGACAACGACAAGCUACAGUGGGAUCACUCGCAGGCCUGGCAUCUGAUGGUGCUUCGGUAUUCACUGGCAGUAAGAAUGGAGUUGGAGUGA